GCGCCUCGGGGGCUGCUGCGCGCCCGCGCCUAGAGCUGCCGCCCCAGGGAGCCCGCCACGGCCGCGCCCCGGGCACGCUCGGCGGCGCCCAACGAUGACCUCUCCCUGGCGGCGCCUCCGGAGUCUGGUUUGGGAAUACUGGGCCGGGCUCCUCGUGUGCGCCUUCUGGAUCCCAGACUCGCGCGGGAUGCCCCACGUCAUCCGGAUCGGAGGAAUCUUUGAGUAUGCGGAUGGCCCCAACGCCCAGGUCAUGAAUGCCGAGGAACAUGCCUUUCGAUUUUCUGCCAACAUCAUCAACAGGAACAGGACUCUGCUGCCCAACACAACCUUGACAUAUGACAUUCAGCGGAUUCACUUCCAUGACAGCUUCGAGGCCACCAAGAAGGCCUGUGACCAGCUAGCCCUGGGUGUGGUGGCCAUCUUUGGACCUUCCCAGGGCUCCUGCACCAAUGCGGUCCAGUCCAUCUGUAACGCUCUGGAGGUGCCCCACAUCCAGCUGCGCUGGAAGCACCACCCACUGGACAACAAGGACACCUUCUACGUGAACCUCUACCCCGACUACGCCUCACUCAGCCAUGCCAUCCUCGACCUGGUCCAGUACCUCAAGUGGAGGUCGGCCACCGUGGUCUAUGACGACAGCACAGGGCUCAUCCGGCUGCAGGAGCUCAUCAUGGCACCCUCGAGGUACAACAUUCGCCUGAAGAUCCGCCAGCUCCCCAUUGACUCUGACGACUCACGCCCCUUGCUCAAGGAGAUGAAGCGAGGCCGGGAAUUCCGAAUUAUCUUUGAUUGCAGCCACACCAUGGCAGCCCAGAUCCUCAAGCAGGCCAUGGCUAUGGGCAUGAUGACUGAGUACUAUCACUUCAUCUUCACCACUCUGGAUCUCUAUGCGCUAGACCUGGAGCCCUACCGCUACUCAGGGGUGAACCUGACGGGGUUCCGCAUCCUCAACGUGGAUAACCCCCACGUGUCGGCCAUCGUGGAGAAGUGGUCCAUGGAGCGGUUGCAGGCGGCUCCCCGGGCAGAGUCCGGCCUGUUGGAUGGAGUGAUGAUGACCGACGCAGCCUUGCUGUAUGACGCCGUCCACAUCGUGUCUGUGUGCUACCAGCGGGCACCCCAGAUGACCGUGAACUCCCUGCAGUGCCAUCGGCACAAGGCCUGGCGCUUUGGCGGCCGCUUCAUGAACUUCAUCAAGGAGGCUCAAUGGGAAGGAUUAACUGGACGGAUUGUUUUCAAUAAAACCAGUGGCUUGAGGACAGAUUUUGAUCUGGACAUCAUCAGCUUGAAGGAGGACGGCCUGGAGAAGGUUGGGGUGUGGAGCCCUGCCGAUGGGCUCAACAUCACCGAGGUUGCCAAAGGCCGAGGUCCUAACGUGACUGACUCCCUGACCAACAGGUCGCUCAUCGUCACCACAGUACUGGAGGAGCCCUUUGUCAUGUUCCGGAAAUCAGACAGGACUCUGUAUGGGAAUGACCGGUUUGAGGGUUACUGCAUUGACCUGCUCAAGGAGCUGGCCCACAUCCUGGGCUUCUCCUACGAGAUCCGGCUGGUAGAAGACGGCAAGUACGGGGCCCAGGAUGACAAGGGCCAAUGGAAUGGCAUGGUCAAGGAACUCAUCGACCACAAGGCAGAUCUGGCCGUGGCUCCCCUGACCAUCACCCAUGUCCGAGAGAAGGCCAUCGACUUCUCCAAGCCCUUCAUGACACUCGGUGUGAGCAUUCUAUACCGAAAGCCUAACGGCACCAACCCCAGUGUCUUCUCCUUUCUCAACCCCUUGUCCCCGGAUAUCUGGAUGUAUGUGCUCCUCGCCUACCUGGGUGUCAGCUGUGUCCUCUUUGUCAUCGCCAGGUUUAGCCCUUAUGAGUGGUACGAUGCUCAUCCCUGCAAUCCCGGCUCUGAGGUGGUAGAGAACAACUUCACUCUACUUAACAGCUUCUGGUUCGGAAUGGGGUCUCUGAUGCAACAAGGGUCCGAACUGAUGCCCAAAGCUCUGUCUACGCGCAUCAUUGGUGGCAUCUGGUGGUUCUUCACACUCAUCAUCAUCUCCUCUUACACGGCCAACCUGGCUGCCUUCCUAACGGUGGAGCGCAUGGAGUCGCCCAUCGACUCUGCCGACGACCUCGCCAAACAAACCAAAAUCGAGUAUGGGGCUGUCAAGGACGGAGCGACGAUGACCUUUUUCAAGAAAUCCAAGAUCUCCACCUUUGAGAAGAUGUGGGCCUUCAUGAGCAGCAAGCCCUCAGCACUGGUGAAGAACAACGAGGAGGGCAUCCAGCGGACGCUGACGGCAGACUACGCACUGCUAAUGGAGUCCACCACCAUUGAGUAUGUCACCCAGAGGAACUGCAAUCUCACCCAGAUCGGAGGCCUCAUCGAUUCCAAGGGCUACGGCAUCGGCACCCCCAUGGGUUCUCCAUACCGGGACAAGAUCACCAUCGCCAUCCUGCAGCUGCAGGAGGAGGACAAGCUACACAUCAUGAAGGAGAAGUGGUGGCGGGGCAGCGGGUGCCCGGAAGAGGACAACAAGGAGGCGAGCGCCCUGGGCAUCCAGAAGAUCGGUGGCAUCUUCAUUGUCCUGGCUGCUGGCUUGGUCCUGUCCGUGCUGGUGGCCGUGGGCGAGUUUGUGUACAAGCUUCGGAAGACAGCAGAGCGGGAGCAGAGGUCCUUCUGCAGCACCGUGGCCGAUGAGAUUCGUUUUUCUCUCACUUGCCAGCGUCGAGUCAAGCACAAGCCACAGCCUCCCAUGAUGGUCAAGACAGAUGCCGUCAUUAACAUGCACACGUUCAAUGACCGCCGGCUUCCGGGCAAGGACAGUAUGACCUGCAGCACAUCACUAGCUCCUGUGUUCCCCUAGGCACAGGUGGGGUGGGGAACUGUAGGCCUGGCACAAGGCAGAGCAAAGCAAAGGAGACCAGAAGGAACAUCCCUAGUCCACACUGGGCUUGGGAACAGACCCGCUGCCCACAUGUUGGGCCAGGAACCCUCUGCUCUUCACCUACCUGGAAACCGGCAGGCCCCCAGGCCAGCUUCUUGGGCUUCAUUCUCUUCUUGUCUCUGUGGGAUUCUAAAGCUGCCAGCCAAGAUAGCCAAGGCCAAAGGAAGCACAUGCCUCUCUCAGGCCAAACUCACCCUCCCACUCCUCAACAUCAACUCUCCUCCAGCAUCAACGUGUCUGCCAUGGCCCCGUAGAGGCCACAGAAAAUGGGAGGCAGCUCUCUUAUUGCCACUUCAUCCCCAAGAGCCCAGAUCUCCUAGGGCUUGACCGUGAGACUAGAGGCACAAACAUUGGGCGCCUUAAGGAUAUUACAGCAUGGGUCCCAGUGGAAGCCGAGGGAUGGCCAACCUGUAUUCCUAGGCUACUCACCUGGCCCUGGUCUUGGGACUUAGCUUCAUCCAUGACAGCUCCUUGGCAAAGCUGAAGGCAAAGCAGGAAGGAGGAGCUUGGGUAUGGGAGGAAGAGAAUAUACAGAUAGAUGCCGCCAUUUUGGAUUCCUGUGGACAAUGCCUCAGUGGUUCUCCCUCCUCUAGAAAAUCUCCAGGAAAGUAAAUGGAGUAGUGACUGCAGCAAAUUCCCCUCCACUUUCUGGCCAGAGGAGAGAAAGCCUGUUAAAUCUUUCGAAAAGGAUGCCCAAAGACUCCACCGAUAGUGGAAACCCAGCAGAAGUACAGGAGAUACUAGGAAAAGCCCAUGGGUCCUUGAGCCAUGGACCUUACUUUGCUGGUUAACAAGCUGUUUUCUAAACCCUGUUGGCAUGUUGGAACUUGAGCUCUUUGCCAUCUAUUCAUCUGCAACUCCUCAUUCUUGUCCAGUUGAACUCGGCCUCCCUCUGUCAUCCUGGGGAAGAAGAGAAGCCGAAAUUUAAGUGAAAGUCGCCCUCCUCAAAAGAAGGGCCAAUAUCCUACUGCACAAGCUAACUUGGGGGUAGGUGGGAAAAUCCAGAGAGGAUCCAAAAAGAUCUCCUGGAUUUGCCAACCCUGAAGAUGUUCCCCACCAAAAAGAAGACGAAGGAAAAACAAAAAAGCUUUAGGGACAGGAUAUCUGUCAACAUCCUUUGGGGUAGCUACAGAAGUCCCAAGGAUCAGGGGGGAGAAGCUGCCUCCUGGAGAAUUAACCAAAGACCCAACACAGAGACACAAGGCCACCCUGGCCCUUUGUCUCUUGUCCGGAGCAGCUACAGCCUCAUGAGGCUUGGGGAAGACAGCAGAGUAGGGGCGGCAAAUGGAGACCUAGUGAGGGCAGGGCCAGAUGGCUGUAGGCCCCAGCUGGCUUUGAUGAGUUUCCUGAAAAUCAAAGACUCACGCAUUCUUAGAAAGAAUGAGACGUGAAGGGUUAGGCACAAAGUGUCCUUAAAGAGAGCAUGAUAGGGCCAGCAGGCCUCCCGUGGUCAAGGGGAAGGCUAAUCUCUGAACAGGGCUAGAAAUCGUGGACAGAGAACUGGGGAACGCCAGCCAACCCCUGUCCUCCUCUCUCCUGACCCUGCUGAGAAGAGUGACAUUUCUGUGCCUCUAAGGCCUUCUCAGCAGAGGUAAUAAAUGUUCUCUAGCAGAGCAGGAGAGCCACUGGGCUCCUAUGAGCCAGCCUGUUCCUCCUCCAGGCUGGGAACCACAAGCCCCAGCUCACUGCUCCCCAGGCCUUGGCGGCUCUGAUGGCUGUCUUCACUGGAGGAGGGAGAAGAGGGCUUAGACAUCCAGCAGAGCCCAGUGCGUGGAAUGAUAGGGAAGCCAUCUGCUGGGAGGUAGCGGGCACACAUAUGCGUAUUUGUCUGAGUUUGUAUGAGUUUGGGGGCUGAGACUAAAGGACAGAUAUGGACUGUGUUACAGUCCAGAGCAUGCAAUAAUAGAGGACUCCUUUGGGACCUGAUUGUGUGUGGGGGUGUGUGCGCGCAUGCGUGUGAAUUGGAGAUGAGGGAGACAACUCUGGACCAGCAACAGAGCCCCGUCUAUGUAAAAACAGAAGAAGCCAUGUUGUGAUGGGGUUCUGGUGAGUUGAUAUGUGUACGUGUGCAUGAGUGUGCUUACGUGUGUGUGUUUAUUUGUGCAGUGAAUGGUAGAGGGUGGAGGGCAGGAUAAAACCCGCAGCAUAGCCAAAUAUGUGUAAAAGGAGAAGCCAUGUCACCAAGGGGUCCACGUGUGUGAGUGUGUGUGUGUGUGUGUGUGUGUGGUAUAUGUACAUGGAUGUAGGCUUGUGUGCCCAGCCAAGAGCAUAAGGAGAACAGAAUCAGACUGUCACACGGCAUGGGAUAGUGCAUGUUGUAUGUGAAAAGCUUUGUGGGAUUGGAGUGUGUGUGUGUGUGCGUGUGUGUGCUCACAUGUGUUCAGACAUGCACAUAUGACCUAGCUCACAGCAGGAGCAGACACGGACAAUCAGGAAGGCGGGGCGUCAGGGUCUGUUUGCACUCUUGUCUCGGAAGGGAUCAUUUGUCACAGAUUUCCUGAGGUUGUGUAGGCAGGCAUACAGGAAGACGGUCAAGUGUAAAUGAAACCCAUUGGGGGCUCAUGGCUGGUAGGCAGGUAGCUUCUUGGUUGUAGGCAGAUUGUCCUGUUUGGAGGGCCUUUUUUUUUUUUUUUUUUUU